UUAGAAAUAUAGCACAUAUGUAAUUAUUAAUAUUAUAUUAUAUUAUGGCUAUUUGUUUAUAUGCACUUCAUCAAAAUAUUCCAAUUGCAUCCAGAAUGCGAAGCGAUCGAAAAAUAUAUAAAGUAAUUGGAAGAAAGUAGUUCAAAUGACCGAUGAACUCAUUUCGAUUGCUAUUCUGGUUCUCAUCGUGAUGAUGCCGAUUCAGAAACUGAACAAUUUCUAUACACUACUAACAUUUAUUUAAAACGUAUAAUGCUUCACUCUUUAUCGUUAAAAAUAAAGACACACACAAAAAAGACAAACAACGAUGUUUCGAUAAGCAUUAAAGUCAAAGUAAGCUUUUUACAGUUUUCACAUUGAUUAAAGUUUUAUAAAGCUGCUAAGAAUGUUUAAAGAAAUCCGCAAAACAUUUUUACAACAUUUACAUUAAAAUUUAGUUUGGUUUCCUUACCGUUUUGUAUUUUCUUCUUGUGUAUUGAAAAAUUAAAUUAAUCACCAUUAAGCGUAUUUAUUAUCUCGCUCUCGCUCUGCCAAUGGCUAAGUCAACGUCCUCGUCGGUUGGUCGCCGCAGGGGGAGGAUGCACUGUACCUGCUUAUCAGAUCAGUGGCUAUAAAAGCGAAUCUUCAGCCGCGACUGCGCCUCAGAGUCAAAUAGAACCGGGUCCAAACGAGUGGCACAGGCUAACGGAAAAGCAAAACGCAAUGUCACUAGACGGUGGCCAGAAUCUUAACUUGGAUGCGGCGGCCAUUGGCCCAGAUCCAUGUGGAUCCGUUCCAGCAACACCUGGCAUUGGAUUAUGGAGUGGCAUGGUGACCAUUCUUGUGCAAACGCUUCUAUCGUCCCAGUGUCUAGUUUCGCCCGCCAGCCAGUGGCCAGUGGACUAUGUUGGCGAUUUGAGUCAACCCUACGAUUUUGUGGUCAUUGGAGCAGGAUCUGCGGGAUCCGUGGUGGCCAGCCGGCUGAGCGAGAAUCCCGACUGGAGAGUGCUCGUCCUGGAGGCGGGCGGUGAUCCACCCGUCGAAUCUGAGUUGCCGGCACUAUUCUUUGGACUGCAGCACACGAACUUCACGUGGAAUUACUUCACAGAGCCCAGUGAUGAGGCCUGUCAGGCAAUGAAAGAUGGUCGCUGCUAUUGGCCACGAGGCAAAAUGCUGGGAGGAUCGGGAGGAGUGAAUGCCAUGCUAUAUGUUCGUGGCAAUCGCAGGGACUUCGAUGGCUGGGCGGCAAUGGGAAGCACGGGCUGGAGCUAUGAUCAAGUGAUGCCGUUCUUCGAAAAGUCGGUCACGCCUCAAGGUAAUGCCACCCAUCCUAAGGGUUAUGUAACCCUAAAACCGUUCGAGCGAAAAGAUAAUGACAUACAUCAAAUGAUCAUCGAUGGAGGUCGGGAGUUGGGACAGCCAUAUGUGGAGAGAUUCCAAGAGGGCAGUGAUACGGGCUAUUCCCAUGUGCCGGGUACCGUGAGACAAGGUCAAAGGAUGAGCACAGGCAAAGGAUAUUUGGGUGCAGUCUCCAAGUCUCGUCCCAAUCUUCAUGUGGUCAAGAAUGCACUGGUCACCAAAUUGGAUCUCGAUGGCGAAACGGUGAAAGAAGUUAAAUUCGAAAGGGCUGGUGUUACCCAUCGAGUGAAAGUGACCAAGGAUGUGGUGAUCUCGGCCGGCGCCAUCGAUUCACCAGCACUUCUCCUGCGUUCCGGCAUUGGGCCCAGUAAACAUUUGAAGGAGUUGGGCAUACCCGUAAAACUAGAUCUUCCAGGAGUUGGACGCAAUCUCCAGGAUCAUGUCCUUGUGCCCGUCUUUUUGAGACUGGAUGAGGGUCAAGGCGAGCCAAUGACGGAUCAGGCUGCCCUGGAUAGCAUAUAUCAGUACCUAAUCUAUCGCGCCGGACCUCUGGCUGCUCACAGCACCGCCUCCUUGGUGGGGUUUAUAAACACAAAUGCGAGUAGCGAUGGUGCUUAUCCGGAUACCGAGAACCAUCAUAUGUUCUUUCAGAGAGCCCAUCACGCUUCGCUAGAACUUUUUACCAAGGGUCUAUCCAUUCAAGACCAAUAUACAGAAGUAUUGCAAGAAUAUCUUAAGGACUCCCAUUUGCUGUGCGUUUUUGUUCUACUCUCACAUCCUGCGGCCAGAGGUGAAUUGCGUCUAAAGAGUACAGAUCCCAAGGUGCCGCCGAUCCUAACCAGUAAUUAUCUAACGGAAUCGGAGGAUGUGGCCACCUUGAUGAGGGGCAUACGCUACAUCGAGUCCCUCGAACAGACGAAAGCUUUUCAGGAUCAUCUGGCCGAGAUCGCUAGGAUUCCGAUUAAAGAGUGCGAUCAAAUAGAGAACUACCGCAGUGAGGAGUACUGGCGAUGCUAUGCCAAAUACUUCACCGUCACCUGUUACCAUCAAUCGGGCACCGUGAAAAUGGGCCCCGACUACGAUAACGAGGCCUGUGUGAGUCAGCGUUUGAAGGUCCAUGGAUUGGAGAACCUUAGAGUGGCGGAUGCCAGCAUAAUGCCAGCGGUGGUCAGUGCCAAUACAAAUGCGGCCACGGUGAUGAUUGGUGAGAGGGCGGCCCACUUCAUCCAGGAGGAUUACCAGGGUGAGGCAGUUGGCGCCAAUGGAGGUCUAUGGGUGCCGCAUAUGCAUGCGGAUGAAUUCUAGUUUGAUGAUUCCAAACACAGAACUCGUUUCGAUUGGCAACUUGUCAACAACAUCAGUUGUUGAUAUCAAAACAAAAUGCAUCCAUUUAAAUGUAUAGAUUUCAUCACAAUUCGGUUUAUCGAACUAUGUAAAUUACUACACCCUUUCCUUUGCAUUACGAGAAGGUUCUUAGCAACAAGUUUAGCCCACGUUUAACAAAAUUCUUAAAUCGAUAUUUAUAAAAUGUUUUGCAAGUAUUUUUCAAAAAGAUUUUUUUUUUGUUAUUGUUUAAGUAUUGGUUAUUAAAUAGAGUUUUUUUUUUCUACAAUUAUAAUAAAAAAUUUAGAAAACAAAAGCC